CCCGCAGGUUGGCACCCCGGGUACGGGCGCUGUCCCCACAGGUGUUGUUUUGCAGGGUGGUGUGGCAGUGCUGGGGGUGCCACCGUGCUCCGUGGGAGCCCUGGUCCUGAGCUGACUCUCCUUGCUGCAGAGGAACCCAAGGGACGCUGGAGGGGGCACUCCCUGUCCUGGCUCCGGACGUGCAUCACAUCAGUUUGGCAGGGCAAAGGUACGGCUGGAUGACGGCUGAGGAUGUGCUAUGGAGCCGGGAUUCAACUGCUCUGAGCUCUGCGAUGGCAGCUCCAGCUUUGGCAGCCAGGAGCAGCAGCAGCGGGCCCUGCAGGAGCUCUGCACUGUGACAGUGACAUCGUUUGACCACAGUAUGAAGAGCUCCCCAUCCUUCUCUGCUGGUCUCCUGGGAGUUGUGUGGACAUUCCUGACUGGAGGAGUCCUGCUAGCACUCUUCUUUUUCAUCUUCACUAUUCGCUUCAGGAAAAACAGGAUUGUGAAGAUGUCCAGCCCCAAUCUCAACAUUGUGACCCUGCUGGGCAGUGGCUUGACUUACACAAGUGCUUACCUCUUUGGGAUUCAGGAGCAGAGCCUGCCAUCUGGAGACUCAAUGGAAAAGCUAAUUCAGGUGAGGCUGUGCCUGCUGUGCGUGGGGACCUCGCUGGUGUUCGGGCCUGUGCUGGGGAAGAGCUGGAGGCUCUACAAGGUGUUCACCCAGCGGGUGCCCGACAAGCGCGUGAUUAUCAAAGACCUGCAGUUGCUGGCCAUGGUGGCAGCGCUGGUGCUGGCAGACACUGUCUUGCUCUUGACCUGGGUGUUCUCUGACCCAGUCCAGUGCUUCCGAAGCCUCAGCGUCUCCCUGCGGGCCACAGAGAAAGGCAUGACGUGCUCCGUGAGCCGGGUGCAGUCCUGUGCAUCGCUCUAUUCCGACCUUUGGCUCGUUCUCAUUUUAGGCUUUAAGAGUAUCCUCCUGCUGUACGGGACCUACUUGGCCGGUCUGACCGACAAUGUCAGCUCCUCUCCAGUGAACCAGUCCUUGACACUCAUCGUCGGGGUCAACCUGGUUUUCCUGGCUGCUGGCACCAUCUGCUUAGUUCACCGUUUCUUCCGUGCUUGGCACAAUCUGCUGUUUGGUUUUACCUCUGGAGGCAUCUUUGUGUGUACAACCACCAUCAACUGCUUCAUCUUUGUCCCACAGCUCAAGCAGUGGAAAGCCUUUGAAGAGGAAAGCCAAACCAUGAGCCACAUGGCAAAAUAUUUCACCAGCCCGAGCAGGAGCUGCCGCUCAGUGUACAGCGAGGAGCAGCUCUACCAGCUCAUAGGGGAGAAAAACUCUAUGAAGCGGCUGCUCACUGAGAAAAACGCCGUGAUCGAAAGCCUGCAGGAGCAAGUGAGCAGCGCCAAGGAGAAGCUGAUGAGGCUGAUGUCUGCGGAGAGCGGCUGCGACCCCCGUGUGCUGCCAGCAGCUCCCUGCACCUGGAGCUCAGGGCAGCCUGGGGAUGCACCAGGGGACUGCUGCCCCCCGGAUCCAGAGAGGGAUGGAUGGCAGCCCCCCUGCUUGCUGGGUUCAUCACCUCCUGGCAGCAAUGCUCAGGCCCUCCAGAAAGAUGCAACCCAGGAGCCUGUUUGCACUCAGGUGCUGCUUUUUAAUGGAGGGGACAGCAUUGAACGUGGCCUGAAAGAUCUCCAGGAGUGUGGGACACCUGCAGUGCAGGAGCAGCCUCCGGAGCAGCUGCCAGGCCAGGACAAUUCAACUGGUGUAGCCUGGGAGUCGUCCCCCAAAGUCAGCUAUGUAAACAGCGAGAAGCUGUGGGAAAUCUUGCAAGAGUUAAGCCUGGAUGGCAAAAACCACAGCCCAGCCUUAUCUGCAGGACCCCCACUCGGCAACCGGGGCACCUCAGGCGAGCAGGGAGAAACACGGGCGGGGCAGGGGGGCUACCCAGGCAUCCACACAGCCCUCAGCCCCUACCUGGCAAGGCUUCAAAGGAGGAUCCCAUUGCCCCCUGCCUUCACACGCUUCCCUGGACACGUAUCCCCUCGUGCCAGCUGCAGGGUGAAGGAGGUGGGCAGCUGGGGCCGUGGGGAGUCUGCACAAAACUCCCUGGGAAAGGGAGGGGACACGGCUGGCAGAGGGCUCCUUCACGGCCCAGCACCAUCCCCUGCAGCCAUCCCGAGGGAGGCCAGCCUGCAGCCAGAGGGGUGGCAGGGAUGGCCCAGGGUGCCUCAGGGAUGCCAGGGUGCCUCACCGAGCAUCCCGCAGGAGCGGCGGCGGCGGCCGGGCACGCCCAGGGGCCCCGCGGAGCCCUCCUUGCGCUCGCUGUACUACUACCCAGACUCUGACUCCAGCAGCAGCAGCAGCUCUGAGGAGGUGUUUCAUGGCUGCCACCGACCCUGCUGCGAGGUUUGCUUCCAGAGCCCUCGUGGCUCCCUGGACAGCAGCAGCACGGACACGGACACAGAGCCCAGUGACUGUGAGGAUCACCAGACAGAGCACCACGGCGGGCCCCAGCCUGUGGUGAAUUUCAAAGAGGAUCUGAAACCCACUUUCGUGUGACUGGGAGCACCCCUGCUCCAAAGGCAAGUGCCCUCCCACCCCCAAAACACUGUGUGUUCUCUGCAGUGCUAAAGCCACACAUCCCUCUGGGGAAUGUGCCUUGUUCUGGAAUGUGGGGAUUUGCCCCAUUCUGAUC